AUGUCGCUGUCGCUUUGCAAAGUCCGUUUGCAGGAGGAAAGAAAACAAUGGAGAAAAGACCAUCCCUUUGGUUUCUACGCGCGCCCAAAGAAAACCGCUGACGGCACUCUUGAUCUCACCAGGUGGGACGCAGGGAUUCCAGGAAAGUCCAACUCGCUUUGGGCGGAGGCGACUUAUCCCGUGACCAUUACCUUCUCUGACGAAUAUCCUUCUAAGCCUCCCAAGGUUAUGUUCCCCCCUGGUUUUUGGCAUCCAAAUGUGUAUCCUAGUGGUACUGUUUGUCUCUCGAUCUUGAACGAAUCUCAGGAUUGGAGACCAGCAAUCACAUUGAAGCAAAUUGUGCUUGGCAUUCAGGAGCUCCUCACCAACCCAAACCCGGACUCGCCAGCGCAGGAACCUGCUUGGAAGGCUUUCAGCAAGGAUAGAGCUACAUACGAGAAGAAGGUCAAAGAGCAAGCCAAAAAGUAUGCCAAUGCUACUUAG